AUGAAUCUUCUAAUACUUCAGUGCACACACGAGUUGGCACCACUGAAUGGUGGCAGCACCGAACGAGUGACUCAUAGCCGGUCGCCGUCUGAUUGGUGGAGCGUUAGCGCACUUUGCCGCAGUUUAAACGUGGAAUUCGUCCCGCGUCUCCUUCAAGUGCGUCAAAAGGACUCGUUCAAAACAAAGUGUUUAUUCGGAAAAAUAGUUUAUUUCAAAAGUGUAGUGCCUGAAUACAUCCAGCAGAAAGUAACCUGUCUUCUGGAGAGGAGGAGUUCACGAAGUAUCUUGAAAGAAGUCAACAUGCUGCAAAUCCGGGGUUACAUCGAUCAAGACCGCGACAGCCAUUGGAAAGCCGUAUAUUCAACGUGCCUGGAUACCUGUUCGAUUUCUUCAAAGUUCAGAAGACCCAGAUUGCCAUGUUUGGAAAGGUACAUUGUCAACGGAGGAUUAAAAGAUACGAUUCGUUUAAAAUUCAUAUUAAUCAGAGAUACCAGAAUGUUUAUUCCGGCGGUGCCUCGGUGUUCAACGAUGAAAAAUGAAAGAAAAGAAAAGGAGAGAAGAGGCAUUCGGGUAUCCUCGAAUAAUAUCGAAACAAGGUGGACGUGUACACGCGCGAGGCCGGUUAUAACCACGCCGUUAUCCACCUCCUCGAUUUUUUUCUCCAUCGAGUUUGUAGCUCUCGACAUGUGCAGCACGAUCACCUUCCGCGCGUCCUUGGUGGUACGUGCCCGAACACAAAUCCUGCACCGAGUCCCGGAGGCUGGCCGUCACAUGUUUUCGGGCCCUUACCUGUUUGCCUGUAAUACCUGCGACACACAUGGCGCGCACACUGUCGAAUCCUCGAAGCGAAAGAGAAGUAACGUUAUCUUGAAAUCUGAACAGAGAGCGACGUUUACAUUCGUUAACUGAUAACAUUACUCUCGUGAAAGUGGACAGUUAAGGAAGAAAGAGCGCGCACCGUUGAUACCGUUACAAUCGGCAAUAUUCAGAGAUCCAUAAACACGAGUUACGAUAUCGAGAUCCCACAAUGGUUCCGAGUUUCCUUCUUUUACGGCUCAUUUCACCCGUCAUUUAAUGCGAACUUUCUACCGGCAGAUUGCUUGCAUUCGUCUGACUCACGCGUAAAUGAGCGGAUCUCUGACUUAUUGCUCGUCGAUCGUGGCAAUUAUCAAUCAACACCGUGCUUCUUCGUUGUCGGUUAAAAAUACGAUGGAAAAAGACGUGGACACGAAAUCGCCUCCGGUUCCCACCUGUGUGCACGAGUGGUGACACACACGGUUGGGAACCGGUACGAAGUUUACGCUUUCGGACACGUUCUCCGCGUCGCGAAAUCGCGGACUCGGCGGUUCGUGGAAGCCGGCCGAUUCCGAAUGCGCAUCGACCCGAUGUAUUGACUCAGGAAAUGAGGUCACCCCGUGAUUUCAUUGCACCGCGAUGGUGCAUCGGUCGCUGAUAGCGAAUGCAGACGUGAGCCGCGGCUGCUCGCCGCGUUUAAAUUCCGCGUACGCUCCUCUCCGUGCUGCGAACGUUGACGCAUUCGAACACGUGUUCCCGCUACUCGACAAGCGUAUUCGGUUGCAGAUAUAGAGUAUUCCUAAGUGGAGCAAGGAUAUUCAAACGAGGAAUAGUGUCAUUUUUUAAAUGCAACCUUAAAAUGAGUGGACAUUUUCAUUUUUCUCAGAAUCUAGAUAUGUAUUUUAGCAAUUUUCGAAAAGUCUUUGACUAUAGGAGCACCCUAAAUUUUCAUUCGAUCAGUCGAAUAAUUACUGAGAGAAAGGGACAUAAAUUACAAUUUUGAUAAUUGGAUUUUAUUCAACAGUAGCAAUCACGAAACAGCGUCUAACUCUCCCUAACAAUUCUCAGCAUCACGGAGCCGGGCUCCAUCGCGUUCCACAAUCACGUCUUAUU